GAUUUUACAGUAGAGGGUGGUGCUUCCAGACAUUGUUCAUGUGAAGGCAAUUCAUGUGCAUUACUAUUUUAAUGAAAACAUAAUCAAAGCUUUACUCUUUUUGACAGUAUAAAGAUGUUUACGGUUGCGAGCCGGUAACCAGGAAGUUUUCUGAAAGCUGCGAAGGGGCGGGAGGGUGUCCAGGACAGCCGGGACCCGUCGACUUGACGCAUAUACUGGACAUCAAUAGUCCGAGUCAUCGACUUUGGUUGAAUCACUCCGGCUUUUUUCCUCCGCCGAGGGGGGACGACGACUAGUGCGAACAUGCUACAGGAUGGAAACGGGAAGGAGACCCCGCUGCGAGCACCAACGGCGGAAACCGAGCACGAAUCGUCGGAUAUUGACCCGAGGCAACAGCCGCCACCUCCCCCUGCUGCCGCUUCGGCCAGCGAAGAGACCCACUUCCCCUUGCCCGGCAUCACUAAACUGGACAUCAAAAGACACGCAGUGACAGACGAUUAUAAAAUCUCCAGUCAGGUUCUGGGUUUAGGAAUCAAUGGCAAAGUUAUGCAGUGCUUCAACAAGAAGACUGGAGAGAAGUGCGCCUUAAAGAUCCUUUACGAUAGCCCCAAAGCGAAGCGAGAGGUGGAGCUUCACUGGCGGGUCUCUGGCGGCCCCCACAUUGUGCGGAUCAUCGGCCUGUAUGAGAACAUGCAUCAAGGGAAGAAGUGCCUGCUCAUCAUUAUGGAAUGCAUGGAGGGAGGAGAACUGUUCAGCCGGAUCCAGGCCAGAGGAGACCAAGCUUUCACAGAGAAAGAGGCGUCUGAGAUUAUGAAAGACAUCGGCACAGCCAUCGAGUUUCUGCACAAUAUUAACAUUGCUCACAGAGACAUCAAGCCUGAGAAUCUACUGUACACCUCAAAACACAGAAACGGAGUCCUCAAACUAACAGACUUUGGCUUCGCUAAAGAGACCACACAACACAACCCCCUACAGACCCCCUGCUACACACCAUACUAUGUGGCACCAGAGGUUUUGGGUCCGGAGAAAUACGACAAGUCAUGUGACAUGUGGUCUCUGGGCGUCAUCAUGUACAUCUUGUUGUGUGGCUUCCCUCCAUUUUACUCCAACACGGGUCAGGCUAUUUCACCGGGAAUGAAGAGGAGAAUCAGAAUGGGCCAAUAUGAAUUUCCCAACCCGGAGUGGGCUGAUGUGUCUCAGGAAGGUAAAGACUUAAUUCACCAGCUGCUGAAGACAGACCCCAAUGAAAGAAUGACCAUCACUCAGUUCAUGAAUCACCCUUGGAUCAGUCAAUGCAUGGUGGUUCCGUCCACUCCACUCCACACCACCCGGGUGCUGACUGAGGACCGAGAGAUGUGGGAGGAUGUGAAGGAGGAGAUGACCAGCGCUUUGGCGACCAUGCGUGUGGACUACGACCAGGUGAAGAUUAAAGACCUGGAUACCUCCAGCAACCCCCUCCUCAACAAGAGACGCAAGAAAGCUGCCGCAGGGGCCAAGAGCAGCUCCACAGUGUGCCAAAGUCAGUGAGAACCCGAACGUUCAAGUCAACAAGAGUGGAUACUCACACUAUGAAGGAAAAGCUUUGGACUAUCCAAGUGGAUGUCUGGGAAGAGAUUUGGAUAAAGAGACAGCAUUGAAAUAUUAAUAAGGAUAUUAUCUGACUUUUUCAGAAAUUAUGUGUUAGAAGAAGGUUUUUACUACAUUUUUAAACUGCCCCUUUGUACAAGAGCCAAAAAAUGACUUAGUUAGGUUUCAUACAGUAUUUGACAUAUGCACUAAUGUGACCAUCACACACAACUGUGGACUGACUGUGAAAGUAGAGCCAUUGGGCUUUGUUGUCUAUUGUGUGCAUUCAGAUGCCUUUAUCUGGGAGGUUAGGGCAAAGUCUGACACCCGUGUGACCGACUCCUGAACCCUGGGAGUACUUUUCAUUGACAAUAAAA